CCGCCUGCUGCACAGCCUCCGACCGCCGCUCAGCCUCCGCCCGAAUCGCCGUCCGACGACCAGCUCGCCGCCCUGCUGAGCAGCCUCUCCCUCGACGUGGGAUGCGCCCUCCGCGGCGCCUCGUUUGCGGAUCUCGCCGCGCUGCAGAGGCCGGAGCUGCUCGCGGCUCUCAAGGAGAGAGGUAUCGCCCGGCUUUUGGAUCGGCAGAAGCUCGCUUCCGCCAUCGCAAAGGCCGCGCGCACAGCCGCCUCUGUCUCCACCUCUUCAUCCACCCUCGCUGCCUCUUCCGCCUCCGCCUCCGCCUCCGCCUCCGCCUCCGCCUCCGCCGUCGCCUCCUUCUCGCCCACAGGCAUCAUGCCCUCCCGCCCGCCAAGGCCGGACCCCGACCCCCUGCCCGCGCCGGGGCGAGCCGCCUUCGAGAGGCGAAGGCGCGUGCCUCCGCUUCCAAAGUACCGCCGGCUCACCUCGGCAGAGCUCGCCCGCACGGCGCCGCUCAACCUGCCCGGCGAUUGGCACGGCCUGCCCCUCCCAAACAGCCUCGCCGAGCUGGCGACGCCCCGGUUCGGCGCCGCGUGGCUGACUAGAGCGUUCCGCGCCGCCGGCAGCAUCGGGCCGGACAACGCGGUGGAGGAGAUAACCGCCUUUGAGCCGCUUGAGCUGCAGGGCCUCGACGCUCAGGGCGGCGCUGGCGAGAAGGCGCUGCUGCGCGUGCGCUACGCGAGGCAGGAGCCCGGCCGGAGGCUGCACACCGACCUCUUCGUCAAGUGCCCGUGGGAGUACACCCGCUUCGCGUACCAGCGGUCCCUCAUCUCGGUGCAGCUCGGCGACGGCGACGGGAUGGAGCUGAGCGUGUACCAGUUCCUCGAGGGAAGCUUGCCGCUCCGCAUCCCGCAGCUCUACUUCGCCGACCUCUCCCGCGAGUCGAGCUUCUACCUCCUCGUCACCGAGUGCGUGCCUUACGCGCCGCGCGGCCGCACCGAGGACGGCUACCUCCUCGACUGGCGUCGGUUCGGCGUCGGAGAGGUGCUGCCCAAGUCGGGAAAGUAUCAGGACGACCGGAUCGUCGACGCGCACCUCUACUACUACAUGUUCGGCUCGCUCAAGGAGUUUGUGCUCGAGUACGCCCCCGGCCUGUUUGGAGGCGGUGAGUACGUGGAGAUGGCCCCGUACUUCACCGCGGCGAUGCACGCGCUGGCGGCGCACCCCGAGCUGCACGUCCUCUCGCACGUCAACCUGCAGAUCGACAAUGCUUGGUUCUGGCGCUCCGCCGACGCCGACGGCGCGGGCGAGGCGGUGCUCGAGUGCGGCCUGCUCGACUGGUACAACGCGAGCCGCGUGCCGGCCGUCUCUGUCUUCAUGGGCUGCCUGAGCGGCAUCGAGCCGGAGGAGGGCCUGAUGCGCUGCUUCGCCGACGAGUACUUCAAGUACGGCGGGCCGCAGGUUGACCCGAACCUGCUGCGGCUGCAGUUCCGCCUCGCCUUCUGCGCCGGCUUCGCGGGCAACCUGCAGUACAUCGAGGCAGAGGUGCUCAAGGAGAUGCCCUCCAAGGAGGAGUGGCGCUCGGUUCGCGACCGGUGGGACCCGCGCGUCAUGGGCCGGUGGAACGUGCGCUGCCGCACGGUCGCCUUCCUCCAGCUCAUCCGGGCACACGAGGCGCUGGGCAUGCACUCCUUCUUCAUGGAGUGGGUGCGGCAGAACCCGGCCGUGUGCCGCAGCCCGGGCGUUUAG